AAUGACCUCCGACCCUGGAUCCUGUGGCGCUGCGCUUCCUAUCUCUAUAACCAGUGCCGGUCACUUGUUCCAAUCAAUCCAACCCCAUAUCUUCGUCAUGCGUUUCUCAACCGUUAUCGUUGCUGCUCUCUUUGGUGCCUCUGCCGUCGUCGCUGCACCAGGCCCCGCUCACUACCGCCGCAACGAGCAUCUUCCUCGCAGCGAGGGGUACUCCACACUCGGGCGCCGCUCACUCCCUAUGCACUGUAAGAGUCACAACUACAAAAUUAUGUGCGAAUCGACGCACGAGUGCGUCUCCAACACACGGCCGCCCCAACGCAAGCCGCACGCACAGAUUGCCAACGACUUCUGUGUGCACGAAUGCUCGUGCCGCCAGCCCCUGGGUGAGAUUAGCGGGAAUGUACAAAAGAAGAAGGGUCACCACGCAGCAGCUCAUAGGCCUGCCUCCGGACACGGAAGGCACCGACGUUA